AAAAAAAAAAAAAAACGAGAGACAGAGAAAGAGAGAGACAAGGGAGGACGAGGAGGAGGAGGGGAGGAAGGAGGUGGGGAAAGACCUGCUCCGAUUGCCAGGCUCGGCAGCAGCCCUGGCUGCGGCUGCAGAAGCCACUUGCCCAACUUGGUGGCCACCCGAGGAGCCCUGCCUGGCCACCCAGGCCUAGCGGCUGCGGGGAGCUGAGCCCUGCUUUGUCCCCCAGGCAGCGCGGCUGAGAACGGCCUGACACCAGCCCUGUGCUGGGGGGGGGACUCGGUGUGCCCCCCGAAUGUCUCCGGGACACCCCAAGCAUUGCUUGGCUAGCUCGGAGCCCACCUCCGCUCCCAAAAGCUUCCUCGGCCAACGCCAGCAGCCCUCGGUGUGAGCGGAGGGGUGCCCCCCCCGGGAUGGUCCCCACCAGGCUGUGACGGGCAGAGGAUGCCGCUGCGGUGCGGCCGGCGGGCUGUCCCCGCGCUGAGGCCCGCUGGCCGCCCCGUUCCCCGCGGCAUGGCACACGCCGGGCUCUGAGAUGGGCCCAGGGGCUGGCCGCCGGCCCGCCAUGCUGCUGGGCCCCUGGGUGGUGGCGGCGGCGGCGGUGGUGGCGGCGGCGGGCGCCGGGGCGGGCUGCCCGGUGCUGUGCACGUGUCGCGGGCAGGCGGUGGACUGCAGCGGGCAGCGGCUCUUCUCGGUGCCUGCCGAGCUGCCGCUGGACACCGGCAACCUGAGCCUGGCCCACAACCGCAUCGCCAGCAUCCCGCUGGGCUACCUGGCCUGCUACGCCCAGCUGCGCGUCCUCGACCUCCGCAACAACUCGCUGGAGACCCUGCCCACCAGGCUGUUCCUCGGGGCCCGGCGCCUGACCCACCUGGACCUGAGCUACAACAACUUCAGCCUGGUGACGGCCGACAUGUUCCUGGAGGCUAGCGAGCUGCUGCGCCUCGACCUCAGCCACAACCCCUGGCUGUGCAAGGUGCACCCCAAGGCGUUCCGGGGGCUGGCGCAGCUGCGGGAGCUGGACCUCAGCUACGGGGGGCUGUCGGCGCUCAGCCUCGAUGCCCUGGAGGGGCUGACGGGGCUGGUCACCCUGCGCAUCGGCGGCAACCCCUGGGUGUGCGGCUGCGCCAUGGAGCCCUUCCUCAAAUGGCUGAAGAGCCGCAUCCAGCUCUGCGCCUCAGAUUCACAGCUGGCCAAGUGCCAGGCCCCCCUCGAGGUGAAAGGGGUCCCCCUCUUCUCCCUGACGGAGGAGAGCUUCAAGGCCUGCCACCUCACCCUGACCCUGGACGACUAUCUCUUCAUCGCCUUCGUGGGCUUCGUGGUCUCCAUCGCCUCGGUGGCCACCAACUUCCUGCUGGGCAUCACGGCCAACUGUUGCCACCGCUGGAGCAAAGCCAGCGAGGACGAGGAGGUUUAGCACUGGUGGAGCAAGAGCCCGGCAACCUCCAGCUCCCUGAACCCUGUCUGUGCUCUGCGACCUUGCCAAAAUGCGGGGGCCAAGCCCAGGACAUGUCACUGCCACCCGGCUCAGUGCCACCGCCCGCUGGGGGACAGACCUGCGCCUCGCUGGUGACCCCGGCCACCGCUCGGAUUCACAGACAGCCCCAGGGCCAUCGUUCCUGGUGGCGGGACAAGAGCUGAAGCCCCAUGAGCAGCUCUCGGGCACGGCUUUCACCAGCCACCUUUUUGCUCCUUUUCCUCCUCCUCCUAAGUUUUGCACAGGUCCAGGGCCAUUCCAGGUGCCAGAUGGCUUGGGGAACCUGUGCUGAUCUCAUCAUUAGGAGGUAAAAGGAAUGCCAAAGGAAAAAAAAAAAAAAAAGGAAGAAAAAAUAAAGCCAACAGCCCCUCUGCCCAGCCAGGGUGGGCACUGCUCCCACGUGCGUUUUACACCGUCUUUGUGGCCGUUCCUGCAGCAUGUAGGGCUGAGGACUACCACCUCCACCCCAGCUGUAAAACCCCUGUGGUCACAUAGCACUUUGCUGCCAAGAAGCAUUUGCUCCCAUCCUCGGCCUCCCGGGGUGGGUUCUGCUUGGGGAAAGCCCCCCCCUUGCCCCUUCCCUGGGGCUGCUUGCCUGCCGGAUGCAUCCUGAGGAGGGGCCUCCCGUGAGCUGUUUUAUUUUCUUACCGUGUUUCCAUGCCUGUAGCUGGAGUGUAGAUGCACAGUUUAAAAACAAACCAACCAAAAAAAAAGAAAAAGAAAAAAAAAAAAAAAAAAAGACGGGGAAAAA